CCUUUUUAUGCAUUGUACCUCUUUUUGUGCAUAUUUUGUUUAGGGUGAUCUUGGAAAGAAAGAAAGUGUGAGAGAGAAUUAAGUUUUCUGUUGUAUGCCUUUGCCCAAGUAUAUAUAAUACCAACACCGUUUCCUUGUGGUAACUGCUAAGGUUCGCUGAAUCUGUUUUCACUGAAAUGAAGAGGCAAUAGUCUCACGAAGGUAUCUUCAAUUCAUCUUAGACGACAGAAACAAUGGCUAUGCACGGUUGUUAUUGUCAUUACAUGAAGUUCUCAACUCAAAGAACAGCACCAGGCAAUGUCAGUUUUUCGGGCUCAAUUUCGGUUAAUAAGUUGUCAAAGAAAGAAAGGACAACAUGUGAUCCACCAGGGAACACUCAAAUUCGCAGGUUCCUCGUGGAAAUGCGACAGAGAGAAUUGCCUGCCUCAAAGUAUGGUACAAAUGGUAGAGCUAUUAAAAUGGUACCGGCGAAUGAGCUAGUGAAAAGAAAGAUAGUGUCAACAAAUAAGGUGAAAGUGAAUGGUUCAACUCCAAAGCCAGCUGUUAAUGGAGCAAGUCUAGUAAGAAAAAAUCCUAUUUCAACUUUGACCAAGACAGUAAAGUCUAGAAGCUCUAAACAACUUCCAUCAUUGGAAGAGAUAAAUUUUCUGCCAUCAGAUGAAGGUUUCAGUUGGGCCAAUGAAAAUUACAGUUCCUGGCAGAGGUCUAUUGAUGUUUGGUCUUUUGUUCUUUCUUUGCGUGUUCGGGUUUUGUUUGACAAUGCAAAAUGGGCAUAUUUGGGAGGCUUCACAGAAGCAAAACAGAAAAGCAGGAGGAGGAAAACUGCAUCAUGGUUAAGGGAGAGUGUAUUGCAGCUUGGUCCAACUUUCAUCAAAAUAGGCCAGUUAACAUCAACAAGGUCUGAUCUAUUUCCACGUGAAUUUGUGGAUGAGCUCGCAAAAUUGCAGGACAUGGUUCCUGCCUUCUCUUCUAAGAAAGCAAGAAACUUCAUUGAGGUUGAAUUGGGAGCUCCCGUUGAAGUAUUAUUUAAGAAGUUUGAAGAUCGGCCAAUUGCUGCUGCUAGUCUUGGUCAGGUUCAUCGUGCUAUUCUGCAUAAUGGAGAAAAAGUUGUUGUCAAAGUUCAAAGACCUGGUCUGAAGAAGCUUUUCGACAUUGAUUUGCAAAACUUAAAGCUGAUUGCAGAGUAUUUUCAGAGAAGUGAAACUUUUGGUGGUCCAACUAGAGAUUGGAUUGGAAUAUAUAAAGAAUGUGCAACUAUUUUGUAUCAAGAAAUUGAUUACAUUAAUGAAGGAAAGAAUGCUGACAGAUUCCGCCGAGAUUUUAGAAACAUAAAGUGGGUUCGGAUACCUCUGGUAUAUUGGGAUUAUACUGCAUUGAAAGUGUUGACCAUGGAGUAUGUACCAGGUAUCAAAAUAGAUCAGGUGAAUACGUUAACUUCGCGUGGUUAUGAUCGCUUGAGGAUCUCAUCACGUGCUACUGAGGCGUACCUGAUUCAGAUAUUGAGAACAGGUUUCUUUCAUGCCGAUCCUCAUCCUGGAAAUCUUGCUAUUGAUGUGGAUGAAGCGAUUAUUUAUUAUGACUUUGGCAUGAUGGGAGAGAUCAAAUCUUUUACCCGAGAGAGACUGCUUGAACUUUUCUAUGCUAUGUACGAAAAGGAUGCCAAAAAGGUUAUGCAAUGCCUUAUAGACCUUGGAGCCCUCCAACCUACUGGGGACCUGUCAUCAGUGAGGAGGUCUGUGCAGUUUUUCCUGAACCAUUUGCUAAGCCAGACACCAGAUCAGGAGCAAACCUUUUCUGCAAUUGGGGAGGAUUUAUUUGCAAUAGCACAAGACCAGCCAUUCCGUUUUCCAUCCACCUUUGCCUUUGUUCUCAGGGCGUUCUCAACACUUGAAGGCAUAGGUUACACACUCAAUCCAAAUUUCUCCUUUGUGAAGAUUGCUUCGCCCUAUGCGCAGGAACUUUUAGAUAUAAGGCAAAAACAUCGCACUGGAACACAACUCGUGGAGGAGAUAAGAAAGCAAGCAGAUGAUGCUAGAGCCUAUACCAUGUCAAUGCCAUACAGAGUUCAAAAAAUAGAAGAGUUCACAAAGCAACUUGAGGCAGGGGAUCUAAAACUACGGGUCCGAGUGCUCGAGUCUGAAAGAGCUGCUAGGAAAGCAACGGCUUUACAAAUGGCAACUAUGUAUACCGUAAUAGGAGGAACUCUGCUAAAUCUUGGCAUUACUAUGAGCAGCCAGGGCAAUAUAGCCGUUGCGAAUGGAUCUUUCAUUGGUGCAGGUAUUUUUAUGACACUAUUUGUAAGAUCCAUGCAAAGGGUAAAGAUGCUUGAUAAGUUUGAGAAAAUGAUAUAACUGGUUACCAACAAAUUUAAUUCUUUAUGUAAAGUUGUCCUCGUCUCCAUUUUCUUAAUUGUAAACGUUCAAUCUCUCCUCUUUUCUUUUCUUUUCUUUUCUAUUUUAAUUGCACAAGCAUAUCAAACUUCACGAGUUUUACAGAAACAAGAUUGGGUGAUGACUGAUGACACUGCAAGGCAUUUCAUGGCUUCAAGACAACCAAAAAUUCAUAGUUUCUAAGUGAGAAAGAAAAUUGUUGGCCCGUGACCCUUAUUUAAUUGGCGAUAGUUACUUGCUAGUUUUAGACAGUACAGUGAUUAAAUUCUAUUCUGAAACAAACAAAAAAUAAAUUUCAGUCU